GCGGAUAUAAAUAGUAAAGGUUAAUUAGUUAGCUAAGAAACUGGAGAGGGCCCUGACCAUACGAAUUUGAUAUACGGACAGCAGGUAACUCAAGCAUCAGUCAUUGUGCGUGGCAAUAGGACCCUAUAUAAGUCCGCGUCGGCUGACUGCAGUCACCACAACGCCUUAUCUUUGGAUCACGGGAAAAGCGGAAAACCUAACAACGGAUUAAUAUGUCACUCACCUCCAUCCUUUCCGCUGAGGCCAUCGACAAAGCGAUCAAGGACUGCCAAGAUCCAGACACCUUCUGUUACAAAAAGUUCUUCCAGUUAUGUGGCCUGAGCUCAAAGACCCCCCAGGAGGUCAAGGAUGUCUUCCGCCUCCUGGAUGACGAUGACAGUGGAUUCAUUGAGGAAGCAGAGCUGAAGUUUUUCCUGCAACGAUUUGUUCCAACUGCUCGGGAGUUGACCGAGAAAGAGACUAAGAGCUUAGUUUCAGCUGCUGAUAGUGAUGGCGAUGGCAAUAUCGGAGUAGAAGAGUUCCAAGCCAUGGUCCUGUCCUGAGGGAGCGGCUCCCCUUCCAAGUCAUCUCUCCAUCAUCCCGUAUCCAGC